AUGUCAUCAAUUUACAGAGAAAAAAUGGAAGCUUUAAAGAAUAGCCUGACAAAGCAGUCUAAUACAAGAUUCAUGUCAGUAGGAGAUCUGAGUAUAGGACAGCUAUACCGGAUAAUAAGGAUGGAGAAUCGGGAGACACAGUACGGUAUCACCGUACACUGUGUGUUAGAGGGUGCAGGUGAUGACGGUGGGAUAAUGGAAGUUUAUCUACCCAGAUCAAUUAAGAUCAAAGAUGAAGACAUCCAUCAAUUCAACCAGGGUGGAGAUGAUAAGGUGUUGCACCUAAUUUUCAAAGGACGGCGUGGACGGUCAUUUAAUAUCGGAUUUCAAUAA